AUGAAGGCGGACGAGGUCGAGGCCCUGAUCGAGGAGCUGGAGCAGUGCAAGCCCCUCACCGAGUGCAACGUCCUUAAGCUGUGUGCCAAGGCCAUUGAAAUCCUUUCUGAGGAGUCCAAUGUGCACCCUGUAAGGGCCCCGGUCAUUAUCUGCGGGGAUAUCCAUGGCCAGUUCCAUGACCUGAUCGAGCUGUUCAAGAUCGGCGGGAAAAUUCCCGAGACCAACUACCUCUUCAUGGGGGACUACGUGGACCGCGGACAUCACUCGGUCGAGACAGUCACCCUCCUGCUGGCUCUGAAAGUCCGCUACCGAGAGCGCAUCACCAUCCUGAGAGGAAAUCACGAGUCGCGGCAGAUCACCCAGGUCUACGGGUUCUACGACGAGUGCGCGCGAAAGUACGGAAACGUGAAUGUAUGGAAGUGCUUUACCUAGCUGUUCGACUACCUGCCGCUGACCGCGCUGGUGGAGAACCAGUACUUCUGCCUGCACGGGGGGCUGUCGCCGCACAUCGGGUCGCUGGACAACAUCCGGCAGCUGGACCGCAAGGUGGAAGUGCCGCCAGAGGGGCCGAUGUGCGACCUGCUGUGGUCGGACCCAGAGGAGCGGUGCGGCUGGCACCUGUCGCAGAGGGGAGCGGGGUAUUACUUCGGCAGCGACGUGAGCGAGUAGUUCAACCACAACAACAAGCUGAAAGUGAUCGUCCGGGCGCACCAGCUGAUGCCCGGUGGGUACGAGUUCACCCACAACAAGAACGUGACCACAGUGUUCUCUGCCCCGAACUACUGCUACCGCUGCGGCAACCAGGCGGCCAUCGUGGACAUGGACGAGCACAUGCGCGAGACCUACAUCCAGUACGACAGCGCCCCGCGCAAGGGCACCGAGGUGCAGAAGCGCAGGGUGCCCGAUUAUUUCCUCUGA